AUGUCUCGUCGUGGUGAUCCGCUUGAUUGCAAAGUUUACGUUGGUGGACUACCACAGGAUGCUACUUCACAAGAGGUGGAGGAUGCGUUUAAUCGCUUCGGCCGUAUUCGAAAAGUUUGGGUGGCAAGACGUCCACCAGGAUUUGCGUUCGUCGAAUUUGAAGACAGUCGUGAUGCUGAGGAUUCUGUGAGAGCACUUGAUGGAACGCGUAUUUGCGGUGCGCGUGCUCGUGUUGAGCUCUCACACGGACGCAGACGGAAUCCUGGAGGUUAUGGCGGCCGUGGAGGCUAUGGAGGAGGGGGAGGAGGAGGAGGAGGAGGAGCGCCACGCCGUCGUUCAAGAUCACCUUAUCGUGCUCGUAGUCGUAGUCGUUCAAGAACACCACCAGCACGCAGAUCGUCACCCAGAUAUGAAGCGGAUCGCCGAGGUUACAGUCGUUCGCUGAGUCGGUAA